UUCCCUCAGAUAUCAGCAAAAUCAUUUUUGUUGGAAUAUCAAUCAUGCAUUCUAUUAAGGCUGAUGACUUAACACUUGGCGAGGUACUUGGCCAAGGAAAUAACGGAAAAGUUUUUAAGGCCCGAUGGCACACAAAAGAUGUUGCUGUGAAGGAAAUAUUUCUACAAAAUAUAAACAAGUCUACUGAUAACGAGAUCACAGAACUUUUACGUGCAAAUCAUGAAAAUAUAGUGUUUUUGCAUGGAACUGCUAUCAAGAACAAUAUACUUUACCUAGUAAUGGAACUAGUGGACGGCGGAUCUCUAGAAAAUUUGAUAUAUUCCGAACAGAUAAAUUAUGACCUAGCUCAUGUAAUAAACUGGGCUCUUCAAAUAGCGAAGGGCAUUCAAUACAUGCAUUCCAAGAAGCUAGUUCACCGCGAUAUUAGACCGUACCAUAUUUUGCUAUGUGAUAGUUAUCGACAUGUGAAGAUCUGUGAAUUUUCGUUUGUGAGAUCCCUGGGUACAUCGAUGACAAAUAAUAGGGGCACUGCUACCUAUAUGGCACCAGAGGUUUUUACAGGUAAAAAAUAUACCGAAAAAUGUGAUGUUUACAGCUAUGCAAUAGCUUUGUGGGAAAUGUUAUCGCGAGACAAGCCGUAUAACAGCUAUGACACGAACCUACAAAUAUCUAAAGCAGUUCUAGAUGGCGAAAGACCUUCCUUGGAUGAUAUAAAUAUUUCUUGUCCGGAGAAAAUAAAGGAACUAUUGACCAGCUGCUGGAGUACCGAUCCAAAUGAACGUUAUUCCAUGACUCAAAUUAUUGAUGUGCUAAGUAAAUACCCUAUAGUCGUUGAGCAGCUGAGAUUGUGA